GCCAAGGAAAGGUUGAAAAAGCAUAUUAUCGGCUUUUGCAGUAUAAUUAUUUGCAGGCAAUAAUUCUCACUGAACCGCGAUGUGGCAAACUCGUCUUGCCAUGGCAUCACUGCUUCUGGUCGCUGCGCACGCACUGAAUUGCCCUGAUAAUUACAAUGACAUCGGAAGCGGCUGCGUGCUUGCCCCCGCCGAGCGGUUGCCCGCGCUCGAGGCCCAGAGUCUGUGUCGCGAAUUACACGGGGAACUCGCCAUCCUCGACCGCUGCGACAUUUUCGCGGACGCUGCGCACUACAUUGAAGAAACAGAUGGGAUGUACCACAGUUUCUGGAUCGGUGGAACGUACUCAGUGACCCGAGAUGAAUGGCAGUGGUGGGAUGGAUCUGUGAUUGCGAAAGGGGCACCCUUCUGGGGAACGUCUGGCGGAGGAUCGUGGGAGCCUUGGUACGGCCACUGCACAGCAAUUUUCUACGAAGAUAACCCUUACAUGGCGGCGUAUGCUUGCGACGCGGAGUUUCAUCACAUUUGUGAAGGGCCACACACAGCAGAGGGUCAUUGCAACCUCCCGUACACGGCGGUAGGAAGUCAGUGCCUGAGCUUUGAUAGCUCAGCCAGGCAGACAUGGGAGGCCUCGCGAAAUAUCUGCCAGGCGGAUGGUGGCGAUCUGGUCACAUUCGAUAAUUGCGAGCAGUUCGGAGUAGUGGCUAAUUACAUCCUCGAGCAAGAUUUGCAGCACAUAACCUACUACUGGGUGGGUGGCUACCUGGUCGAUGAGACGAACAACUGGUUUUGGCUCGACAAUUCCUCGAUUCCUAUGGGACUUCCUUAUUGGGGUCAGUACUACCCCGGAAAAUUGCUCCCGGACAACCCGACAGUCGAGCGGUGUCUGGAACUCGGUUUAGAAUAUCGGCAUCGGUUCAACGAUCUUGACUGCCAAGAGUUACGCCGGCCGCUCUGCAUGGCAUCGCCAGUUGAAUGA